AUGGAACAAAGAAAUCAAAGCCGUGUUUCACAAUUUAUCCUCCUGGGACUUUCAGAGGUGGGAGAACUACAGCCACUGCUCUUUUGGCUGUUCUUGUCCAUGUACCUGAUCACCUUCAGUGGGAACCUGCUCAUCAUCCUGGCCAUUAUCAUGGACUCCCACCUCCACACACCCAUGUACUUCUUCCUCUCCAACCUGUCCUUUGUAGACAUCUGUUUCACCUCUACCACCAUCCCCAAGAUGCUGCUGAACAUCCAGACACAGAGCAAAGUGAUCACCUAUGAAGGCUGCCUCAGCCAGAUGUAUUUUUUCAUGCUGUUUGGAGGAUUAGACAACUUUCUCUUGACAGUGAUGGCCUAUGACCGGUUUGUGGCCAUCUGUCACCCCCUAUACUACAUGAUCAUCAUGAACCCCAAGUUCUGUGGCAUCCUGCUUCUGGCAUGCUGGUUAUUGAGUGUUAUGGACUCUCUAUUACAUGACUUAAUGGUUUUCCAAUUGUCUUUCUGUACACAGUUAGAAAUCCCUCACUUUUUCUGUGAACUUAAACAGAUGAUCCAACUUGCUUGCUCUGAUACCUUCCUCAAUAACCUGGCAAUUUAUCUUGCAAGUGGACUUCUGGGGGUUCUUCCACUCAUUGGUAUCCUUUUCUCUUAUUCUAGAAUUGUAGCUUCCAUUUUGAAAAUUUCAUCUUCUGGGGGCAAGUAUAAAGCAUUUUCCACGUGUGGGUCUCACCUCUCGGUCGUUUCCUUAUUCUAUGGUACAGGUUUUGGGGUGUAUCUUAGUUCUGCUGCUUUGCAAAACUCCAGAGCAAGUGCCAUAGCCUCGGUGAUGUACACAGUGGUCACGCCCAUGCUGAACCCCUUUAUCUAUGGUCUGAGGAACAGAGACUUAAAGCAGGCCCUAAGAAAACUCUUUAGCUGA